GAGGGCUAGAGCGGCAGCGGGGCUCAUGGGAUACGGGUGGAGGCGGCGGCGGAAGCCCUCUCCGGAUUUCUGGGCCCGGCUGGCAGCGGCUUGAGCGGAGGGGCUUGGGAGCAGAUUCUGAAAUUUGGGGCGAAGGAACAUGUCUCAGUCAGGUGAAAAAGUAAAGUUUUCCGACUCGGCGGGCUAUGUCGGCUUUGCCAAUCUUCCCAACCAAGUCCACAGGAAGUCGGUCAAGAAAGGUUUUGAGUUCACCCUAAUGGUGGUUGGUGAAUCUGGUUUGGGAAAAUCCACUCUGAUUAACAGUUUGUUCCUGACAGAUCUCUAUCCUGAACGUUACAUUCCUGGAGCCGCAGAAAAAAUAGAGAGAACGGUCCAGAUUGAAGCUUCCACAGUAGAGAUUGAGGAGCGAGGGGUGAAACUACGUCUGACUGUGGUAGACACUCCAGGGUAUGGAGAUGCCAUUAACAGCCAGGACUGUUUCAAGACCAUCAUCCACUACAUCGACAACCAGUUUGAAAGAUACCUUCACGACGAGAGUGGUCUCAAUAGGCGCCACAUCGUAGACAACCGAGUCCACUGCUGUUUCUACUUCAUAUCCCCCUUCGGCCAUGGUCUGAAGCCAUUGGAUGUAGAAUUCAUGAAAGCGCUGCAUGGAAAAGUAAACAUUGUCCCUGUGAUUGCCAAGGCUGAUACUUUGACGCUGAAGGAGAGGGAGAGACUGAAGAGAAGGGUUUUAGAUGAGAUUUCCGAGCAUGGCAUACGGAUUUACCAGUUGCCUGACGCGGAUUCCGACGAGGAUGAGGAAUUCAAAGAACAGACCAGGGUUCUGAAGGCCAGCAUUCCUUUUGCCGUCAUUGGGUCCAACCAGCUUAUUGAAGUGAAAGGAAAAAAGAUCAGAGGCCGCCUGUAUCCCUGGGGCGUGGUGGAAGUUGAAAAUCCGGAGCACAACGACUUCCUGAAGUUACGCACCAUGCUGGUAACACACAUGCAGGACCUGCAAGAAGUUACCCAAGACCUGCACUACGAAAACUUCCGAUCAGAGAGACUAAAGCGUACUGGCCAGCCUGUUGAAGAAGAGGUUGUGGACAAAGAUAGGAUCCUUCAGCAGAAGGAGGCUGAGCUGCGUCGUAUGCAGGAGAUGAUUGCACAGAUGCAGGCCCAGAUGAGGAUGAAACCCGGCGAUGAAUGAGACACCAUUCUGGCCUGUGGACGCAGUUACAUGCUGCUCUUGGAAAGGGGUCCAGGCUUCCUUGGAAACGAUUACACUAGUGAAUUCUGACGGAUCUGGUGCUGGUUGCUACAAGAUGCAGCGGAAAGUCUUGAAGAUCUAAUGAAAAAGGAACCUUCUUCUUCCUCUCCCUUAAGAUAUAUUCAUCCUUAAUCAUGUUGCUCAUAUAUCUUUUCUCAUCCUGUUGGUAAUGAUGUCCUCCUGCUUAUAAUGUGGGACCGAUUUUUUUCUUGUUCCUUAUCUGUCUUGUCUCAUUUUUUAAAAAAAUACAAAAGCUGUUAUGCCAUAUACUAUGUGUACUAGCCUUUGAGAGUAGGUUGAGACGUACUUACUGUGUUUCCCAGUUGGGACAACUCUUGUUGUGUUUGUAACUUUUUUACUAAAUGACUUGGUGACCUGUUUACCAUAAAUGGCUGUUCGUCGCACCCCACCAGAGGGGCCAUUUUGUUUAGACUUAGCAAGAUCCCUUGCAUAGCUUGUCGCUAGUUUAUAGCAUUCUUUUCUCAGAUAUAUGUUUUAAAACUGUCUGUCGCUCUGCAUUGACUCUCUGGGGUAGAAUUAUCUCUAGUGCUUUCUUAAAAAUAAAUUUAAAAAAGGUACGGAACCCUAAAGUUACAUCAGUGAGGGAAGAGGAUAUGACAUCCUUUACCCACAGUGCCUUAAAAAUCAUGAAGAUGUCUUACAUGCCAAAAAACCGUUCAUGGAGGCCUCCAAAAAACGACCCGUCUUAGGUUUUCAAGUAUGAAUUAGUAACUGUUUCUAUCGGAGCCAUUUCUGUUCGCUCAGUGGAGAGAACAGGGGUAUGUCGGAACAUUUUGUAUGGAUCAUGACACUAAUUUCCCUUUUGAGUUUUUUUAAUAAACUGAAUAAACAUGAGAUGAAAGCA